GUAUCAUAAUUCUAUAACCCACGGCACACAAAAUUAUGCAUUGACUGCUUUCUAUGCAUUUUAAUAUAUUUUUUUGGUUCUUCUACAGCCACCCCUCCAUAAAAUUCAUCUUUUGCUGUUCCUCUUCCAUCUUAAAUGUUUAGGGUUUGUUUUUUGUCCCAUCUGUAUGAAAGCGCUCAACACCUCUUUUUGAUUUUCCUACUGAUUGCUGAACAAUCACAAUACUGUGCUCAGCUGAGACAACAUUGAUCAUAAAUAUACUGAUAAUGGACACAACUAACAAACUGAAAUGGACUCUCCAGCACUGUAAUCCUGCCUUAGCACUUUCCUCUGUCACUAAGUCGUUCUCUGUGCAAACAGAUGCUUUUUGUUAGGGUUGGAAAUUAAACAGAUAAAUAUGUUAUUUGUGAUAUGCCUUCCUACAUGAACUAAGGAUAAUUGUAUUUUUCGGUUGAAUAUGGUAUACAUACUGCUCUUGUAGAAAUUAUUCAUAAUAACGGGGAGACAAAACUGAGAGGUGUUUUCCAAAACAAAAACCCCAGCCGUUUCCGAGCAUGAUUUUAAGAUUGUGGCUCUGGACCAAACCAGAAUGUUUCAAAGUCAGUUUCUUUGAGCUGAAGUCGGUUUCAAACUCCUUUUAAGACAUAAACAAAUUAAAUGUGAGCAGUGCAGGUAGGAUUAUGGAAAUUACCUGCACAAACAGUUUCCCUAUUUUGGUGUUCUGCUCUUGCCACAAUUUUUGAUUAACAAAGGUCUUGACUGCUGUGUUUAAUCCCAAAGUCAGCUUUUAUUCAGAUCUCAGUAUCAACAAACUAAUAAAGCAGACCCAGUAAGAAGUCGAGUGUAUUUGGAGAUCCUUUUGGCUCCCUAACAAAUACACUGCACAGGCCAAAGCUUAAGGCAGGUGAAGGCCAGCAGGGCACUGGGUCUGAGAUGCAUCUCCAUCUAUCCAUCCAGUAACCACAACUUGCAGCUGAUUGAGCGAAGCAGGUUACUGAGCACAUAGAGCAUAUCUCUUUGAGUCCCUUAAAGCCAGCACUGAUUCCCCAUAGAACUCCCUCAUCUACAUGCAUGCUGUGUGAGUAUUGUUAUUAGAAUUGGGUAAGUUGUUUUGGUUGUUAUUUGAACUUGAUUUUGAAUUCUUGAAUCCUUAAGGUUUUUCCCACAAACACCCAAUCAGAACCAUGAUCUAAUUUCAAUGGUGGAACAUUCGAAUCCUUUGUGCAUGCAUGGCUCACAUUACAUUUAUUUGUUACAAUACUCCAGAAUUCCUUCAAAGAAAACAAAUGCUUCAAUUAAAAAUUUGACUUUUCAAGGACAUAAAGUAGAAUUGAAAUAGGAAUUGUAUGGUAAUGUGUAAAAAUUAGAUUUCAUUAGCCAAGGUGUAUGUAAACUUGUAAACUGUACAAAAAAACAAAAUGCACUGGUUUCUUUCUCUGUCAUCAAAUGUCAUCAUCAGAAGCCAUGGUGGGGCCAAAAAUGUAAUCUCAGAAAAGAUUUGCACCCUGGAUAUAUAAGUGGUAAGAGAGUCACAAUUUGGCCAAAGUGCUUAGAAACCCCAAGGAAAAAUACACAAUACCGGUAUUCAACAAAAAAGCAACUUAUAACUAGAUUAUGAAUUUAAAGUACAUUUGCCGUUAAGGCCUAACUUUUGUUCAUUUCACAUUGCCAAAGGUUUUCAGCUGUCUGGGCUGACAACUCUUACAAUUCAUGACUAACUGCAGCUCAGGCUGCCACUCCACUUUUCACCAGCUUGCAGUAUUCAAGCAAGAUGUGGGUAGGUAAGGAACAGUGGCUUGCUGUUUCUUUCCAUUUAACAUGAAGAUUAUAAUUGCACUCCAGCUGAUAAAAUCCUUUUUUUUUCUUCUAAACUUGCAUCCCUCAGGGGAAAAAAGAAAUAUACACAUUUUACAGGAUGAGACAGUUAGUCAAGCUUGAAACUGAAACCCCAGACCUGUGACAUAACAGCACUACGUGUUAUACCAAUGUCUAAAAAUUGUAAAUUGGGUGUAGUACAACAUUAUAUUGUGUAUAUUUAAAUUGUGUGCAUUUAUAUAUACAUAAACACACUAUGAUGAAUAAUUAUAUUGUUUAUUAAUUAAUUUUGCAUAGAGCAUAAUUACUACAAAAUAACCUAAUCUGUAAAAAAAUAAAAGUAUUGUUUAACCUAUUUUCCUUUCAAAAUCUGUAAUUAGUUCUCAGCUGCCCUUGAGUGUUAUACCAGCUUUUUUCUGGGUCUCUUAGCAACAGGAACUCAGAAUGCUUAAAGAGAGUGAGGGAAUCAAGAGAGGGAGAGAUGCACAGGUACCUGCACGACCCUUAUCACAGGUCCCUGAGAACUGGACACCUUCAAUUUAGAAACCAUUACAUCACACUUCAAAGUCCCAAAUAUCCAUCAGUGCAGUGAUGUUUCCUGUGUCUCCAUUAAGCAGCAAGGCUUCUCCUAGUACUUCCCUUCUAUCUUUGAUUACUCCAGUGGAACAGUCAGAUUCUGGAUGUGUAGAGAACCAAAAACAGUGUACCAUGGUGUCCUCCCUUCCCUUGCCCUGUUGGGCCACCCAGGCCCUCUGUGAUUUAGCAGUUAGUGAGACAGAGCUCAGGCGUCUUCGGGAGCGGCAGGCAGUUGAGGCUGAGAUUGCGGGGAGAGCAGUGGAACGUGCUCUGCUGGGAGCACAAAGAGAGGAACGUCGCCUCUUGGAAAGAGUGGAGCAGGAUCAUCGGGAUUUACAGCGCAGACUGGAGCAGUUGCAAAGGGACAAUGCAGCAGCUAUCAGAGUAGGACAAGCACUUAUGGAGCAGCGCUUGCAUAAAAUUUGUCAGUUACGAGAUCGAAUUAAAAAAACUGCAAAUGGAGACAAAGUAGACCAGAAGUAUGAUUUGCUUCUUAAAAGUGUUGCAGAGCUUCUUCAGCCAGGGGAAAUUUCACUUUCUCUGAAACGUGUUUCAUUCAAGCCCAGUGCCCAACCAAAAGCUGUCACGUUCGGUGAGAUUACGGUGCAGGACCACACUGUUAAUCUCCCUGUUGGUGCCUGUGGAUUACAGGGACAGCUAUGUUCCCUUCAUGCCUCUGGUGGGCAGUGUGAUAAAUGGACAGAACCUGGAACAGUAGGUAGGAGCAUGCCUGAUGGCGCAGGGCCUGGAUAUAGCCAAGUUCAACUUUCAUCAGAUAGUUGUGGGAAGCAGAGGGCUAUCCGAAAAAUCAAACUGUCGGCCCAAAGUGAUGAAGAAUCUGGUGUGAAAGAUGUGAAACCACUGUCACUGCAUAUGGGCCACUGGCACCCAAAACCUGUCCCCAGUGCACAUGAAUCAUCACAGGAGGAAGAGUGUGAAUCACCCACAUCUGAAUCCAAAGGAGAUGGGCUUUUCCUGGCUGUACCAGCAUUGCUUAACAACAUAGAGUUAGAAGAAGAAUUUGUGUGUCCGCAAAAUGGAUCAAUUCAGUCUCUUGCUUCAGAAGCAGCAAGGAACCAGCUGGAACCUCUAUCCUCAGAAAGAGAAUAUCAGCAACAGAGAGCACCAUUCUUAUGCAACCAGUGUGAAGAUCCAAAGGUGGAUAGGAGGCAACAAAACUCCUUCAAGGGAAGAUCUCGAAUUAGCUCAUUGCCAUGCCCAAGAAGCCAUAGAGAUCCCAAAUCUAGUCACAUUUGCCAGGAUCUGCCAUCACAUGACCUUCCAUUGUCUCACUUUGCUACAUCCUUUGAUGACCAUGGAUACAACCGUAGUCCUUCUCCUGCUGAGAGUGUUGAUUCUGGAUACACAUUCAUUCUCACCUCUUCUAAAAACUCUACCACUCCAAAUCACAGACUCUCUAGGUCCAGUAGUGAGCUUUCUCAUAUACUCAUCAAUGAAAAAGACCAAUCAAGCAAGCGUAAGGCCAAUAGGCACCAGCCAUCCUCAGCAUCACAGACUAAAUAUGGCCUUAGUCAUGGAAACUAUUCAGAAAAUGAACACCGACAACAAAAAAGACAGUCUUGGGGAGUUUCACGUUCGUUGUCUAUGUCGGGCAUUGAUCGAUCCUUCCAAGAAAGACUACAUCAACACUUAUGCACUGGGUCUAAGCGCAAAGAUGGAUUCAGGCUCUGGGGAGAAAGAAGUGAACCAGCCCUAUUGGAAUUUGAAGAGGAUGUCCAGAGAUUGAAAGCAGACGAAAUGCGUCUUAUUCGACAAUUCGGUAAACAGGGCUCAGGACGUUCAGACCUUACUCUGCCAAGUGGUGUCCAUGUUACAUCUCAGGGUCAGCUUUUCUUGGUGGAUUGUGGGAAUGCCCGUGUCCAGGUAUUUGAUCAGUAUGGUAAUGUUUUUCAGCAAGUGACUUCCCCAAAUAAUGACUCUAGAAGCUCAUCAGGAAGCUUCCGCAAUUACUUUGAUGUGGCUGUUAAUUCCAAAGGCCUCAUUGCUCUGAGCUGUGCAGCUGAACGAGCCCUGCUCAUUUUUAAUCGACAUGGACGACUCCUGCAAACCUUUGGAGGGGGACCUUAUAUUGCAGGGGUGCCACGGGAUGAGUUGGAAGCACCCAGGGGAGUAACAGUGACUCAGAAGGAUGAAUUCCUUGUUGCAGAUAUUCGUAAAGGCACAUUAACUUCUCUGAGACUUGAGCCAAAAACUGGCUCAAGACUAGAGCGCACUUUAGUUACUGGAUUUCACAGACCUUACCUCGUGACCGCGUGUCUACACACUGGUCUUUUGGCAGUAUCUGAGCGAGGCAGUGAGGAAGGUCGCGAUCCAUGUGUGAAGGUUCUGGGACCUGACUGGAAUAUUCUGCGCAUCCUGGGAGUUUGUUCUAGCAUGGGGCCUGUUCUCACCAGCCCCUGGGGACUCUGCAUUGACAGCAACGGAGCGGUGCUAGUAGCAGAUUGGGCAGAGCAGCAUUGUGUGGUGCUAUACCCACCAGAGGGUAAAGGUAGGGUAAUGAUUACUGAUGGACUAAGUAGCCCCCGUGGCCUUGCCUUGCUACCCAAUGGGUUCUUAGUAGUGUCGGACAGUAUGCACCACUGCAUCAAGGUAUACCAGUACAAAUAAAUAAUUACUUCAAAACAAAUAAAAAGCUGUGGCUGUUAAGUGUAUUGUGUUUUAAAUAAUUCUGAAACUUAACUGUGUAUAUGUUAACAUUUUAUUCCUAGUGUUGCAUUGGGAAAUCAUACAUAAAACAAAUGCGUUAUGUAGUCUAAAUAGUGCUUUACACACCAUCAUUGUUUUCCCCCGCACACAUGCAUGUAAUGAUGCAUGAACUUAUAUUUUUUGCUAGCUGUCCUUGCAUAACAUAGUGCUUAUAACAAUACUCCUGUAACAUUACAGCUUGCAAAUGUAAAACCAUUCCUUUAAUUUGCUAUUUUUGCUUCUAUUUUGUUUCAAAUCUAAAUGUAACUUUUCAAAUGAAAGUUCAAAUUGUUUUAAACUGUUUUACUUUUCUUAUAUUAUGCAUGAUUACUGUAUAAUUCUACAAGUUAUUUAAUGUCAAUUAAAUUCAUUAAUUGUUGUGGUU